AUGUAUAUAAUUGAUCAAGCUCUUUCUUCACUUAAGAGUAGGUUUGAACAAUUUCAAAUAUAUGAGGAAAAUUUUGGCUGUUACAGUGGCCUCUGGAGAAAGAAGUUUUUCAAAGUUGAAAUUAAUCAAAUCUUAUCUUCGGUCAACUAUAUCACAAGAAAGAUUGAAUGGGUUAGCUUUGUUAUCCAUUUAAAUAUGAUGGAUAAAUUCGAUUAUGCAAGCUUCAUUAGUGAUUUUGCAGUUAAAAAUAUGAGAAGAGUAAUGUUUAUGUGA